GGAGAGUCGGUCGGGGCCAGGCAGAGCGGGGACAGCUUUGGAAAUUGCUGUCAAAACCAAGUCAAAACUGUGUCUUGUCUGUGCUGCCCGGCAGUUGCACUUGCAGUGCAGCCUGCAGUUCUACGGUUUCGGUUGAUCGACCCAUGCCGUCCUCUGCGCUGAACUUUGUAGCGCUGAGCAGGCGCCAAGCAGGUUACAUAUAGCCAAGGCCGAUCGAGGAGGAGCGAUGCAGGAUGGCAUCAAGCAAACGCCCGAGCACGGCCACGUUCCAGGACAGCCUGAGCAUGUCUCCCCCGUAUUGCUGCUUGACCAGCGCCCUCAAUGACAGACUAUGUCCCUCUCCCUGCGCCCGCCGUAACCUCAGCACGCCGACCCUUCUCCUUCUUUCGCAACAUACGUGUACGACGACAUGCGCGUCUCUGUCUGCUGGUCGGCCUGGUCACCAUUAUCACCACAUUCAUUCUAUCCUCGGGCACGGUCCUGAGGGACCUCGGGUAUCUGCUUCGCCCUGUAUGGGAUAAGCCACCGAAACCGUUUGAAGUCAUCCCCCACUACGACCAUCCAAAUGUAUCAGCCAGCGACCUGUGCGACCUGCAUGGCUGGCAGAGACGACAAAACGAUGUCACAGUAUGGGACGCUACCAUAUUCAGUGUGGAGCUGGACUUGCUGGAGAUCCGCAUACGAGAGCUAUACACCGUCGUCGACCACUUCAUCAUUGUCGAGAGUAACUCCACAUUCACUGGGCUGCCCAAACCGUUGGUCUUCGCGGAGAAUCGCGACCGGUUCGCAUGGGCAGCCGACAAGAUAUUCUACCGCUCCAUCUACCUGCCGCCCAACCCGCCGGGACCGGGACAUGCAGAUGCGACCUGGCAGAACGAGGGGCGCUCGCGCCGGGAGAUUAACGACAUCCUUCGCGCGCAGGGUGCGAAGGCAGGGGAUCUCCUCAUACAGGCGGACGUCGACGAGAUACCCUCGUUCCGAACCAUCGAGCUGGUACGCGCGUGUGAGGGGUACCCAGGCGUCCUGCAUCUUAGGCUGCGCGACUUCAUGUAUUCGUUCGUGCGGAUGCUACCGGAGGUCGAGGAAGGGGGUUCCUGGAGAGCAUCAGUCAAGACAUGGAACCCUACCGGGACAGAGUACUACGGGUACUCGCACGGACGGCAGAGCGACGUGAUCCUGGCCGACGCGGGCUGGCAUUGCUCAUGGUGUUUCAAGUACCUGGAGGACUUCCGCUUCAAGAUGCAAAGCUAUAGUCAUUACGACCGUGUCACACGACCGGAGAGACAGCUGGAGUCGUCCGAAAUCCAGCGUAAGAUCUGCGAGGGGAAGGAUGUUUUCGAUAUGUACCCAGAAGCGUAUUCAUUCGAUAGCCUGUACCGGUUACUCGGCCCAUAUCCUUUGACGCAUUCAUACGUCCAACUACCUUGGUGGGCAGUGCAAAACGCAGAGCGAUUCGACUACUUGCUUCGGCAGGAUAGGUGUAGGCGAGAGCUGGGCACCGCUGACGAUUGAGUGGUCAGGUUUUGGUUCGUUUGGAGGAAUUACUGUAACUUGAACUUACCGGCGGGGGCAGGAUGGUGAUCAUGGCCACCGCCCAUUUAAUUUAUUGUAUCAUAUCUGUAUCAGUAGGAUUCUGCUAGCAACUCGAGCGAUGAUGGCAACGAGAAACUCAGGUUCAUCGCAAACCAUAGUGUGACAGAAGUACUUGCAAACACAACUGUAUGUAAGUUAACUUACCCUCAUGUAC